GCCAUGUGUUAUGAAUUUUUCUGAAAGAUACUAUUCAAUUCAAGCCUAUUUUUUUUUUUUUUUUUGAAGGAUUUCAAUUCAAGCCUAUGGUGCUUGAUAAAUUUGCUUUUCUCAUAAAAAAAAAAAAAUUCUUUCUAAAAAAAAUUAUACAAACAAUUUUUAUAGCCAUGCAAUUCACCGAACCAAGACAUUUCGAAAUACACGUGGCUGUUGAACAAAAAAUAAAAAAAUAAAUAAAUACGGAAGAAAAUUUUCAGCGAUUCUUGUGAUCUUCCACCUCGAAUCGAAUCCAGAGAGAGCGAAGAUCCAAAUCCAGCGUUUGUUUCUUCAUUCAAAUCCAAACACCGUUUCGGUAACAUCACCUUCCAAUCUUCCAUUAGAUUCAGCUUUUGUUCCUCGUCAAUUUCAGAAUAUUGGAAGGUUUUAAUUGUUGAUUCCGGUCUGGUCAUGAAGUUUUGAUUCACGUUUGCAAAUAUAUAGAGCUUAUCUGGUGAUGAAGUUUUGAUUCACGUUUGCAAAUAUCAGCUAUGAGUUUUGUUUUUCGAGGAGCAAGAGCUGAUUUAGAAAAUGGGUUUCCAGGAUUUAUACCUGAGAGGCGCGCGUUGCGUGUUCAUGCAGCACGUCCUAGUAAUUCCAACUCACUCACUUUUCUCGUAACAGUUCUCCUGUUAUUCAUGAUACUGAACUCUCACCAGAUGUCACCAAAUUUUCUGCUCUGGCUAGUGCUUGGUGUUUUCUUGAUGGCUACAAUGCUAAGGAUGUAUGCAACAUGUCAACAGCUUCAAGCACAGGCCCAAGCUCAUGCAGCAGCAGCCAGUGGCCUUCUUGGUCACACAGAACUACGGUUGCAUAUGCCUCCAUCAAUAGCACUGGCAAGCCGAGGGCGUCUGCAGGGUCUCAGACUUCAGCUGGCACUUCUUGAUCGGGAGUUUGAUGAUCUAGAUUAUGAAACUUUAAGAGCUCUGGAUUCGGAUAAUGUUUCUACUGCACCUUCGAUGACUGAGGAAGAGAUAAAUGCUCUUCCUGUCCACAAAUACAAGGUUUCUGGUCCCCAAAAAAGUGGUCCCUCAAUUCAACAAGCAUCACCCUCCACUUCUGCUGAGCAAAAGACACAGGAUAAUUCAAAGGCGGUUGGAAACACGAAAGCCUCCGAUGAUGAGCUCACUUGCAGUGUAUGCUUGGAGCAAGUUAAUGUUGGAGAUGUACUUCGUAGCUUGCCCUGCUUGCAUCAGUUUCAUGCUAAUUGUAUUGAUCCCUGGCUGCGGCAACAAGGGACGUGCCCUGUCUGCAAAUUUCGAGCAGGAUCUGGAUGGCAUGAAAAUGGACAUCAUGAUAUUGCAGACAUGGUUUGAGUACCUCGUCUAAUUUUUAGUUAUGUUGUGGUCAUAAUCAAUUGUAACUGUAAGUCGUCAUGUAUCAAAGUUUGUAGCUUAUGACUUGUAUUCUUGUAAUUACCCUGACGUAGGGAUCUGAGGAUAGUAGAGUAGAAUACCGCUUAACAACUAUAGAAGUUAUACAAUUUGUUUCCUACAGAUUACCAAGUUUCUUGGUUUCGAUGUGUAAAACCAAUCUGCAAGUACAAACCUAUUUUUAAGAGAUUUUUUUUUGGCUCCCUCCACUCUUCUCAUGUAUGGUCAAAUUUUGUGGUCUUUGGUCACAUUCAAAGGUCUGUCAAGUGGCCAAUUUUAAUUGGUGUUGUAGUCAUGACUCCCAAAUUUUCUAUAAAUUCCCUCUUCUUUCA